AUGGUAGCCAGGUGGGUGAAGGGGAGCAAGGACGUGCCACUUGCUCUGCAGAAGAUUCCUGACCUACAGAGUGGUCCAGGGAGCCUGAAAAUGGAUGCCAUUCACAUUGGCAUGUCCAGUUCCCCACUGGUGAAACAUACCAAUGGAGUUGGACUCAAGGCCCACAGACCUCGCGUCAUGUCUAAGAGUGGACACAGCAAUGUGAGAAUUGACAAAGUAGAUGGCAUCUAUUUGCUUUACCUUCAGGACUUGUGGACAACGGUCAUUGACAUGAAGUGGCGAUACAAACUCACCCUGUUCGCUGCCACCUUUGUGAUGACCUGGUUUCUGUUUGGAGUGGUCUACUAUGCCAUAGCUUUUAUUCAUGGUGACUUAGAACUUGGGGAUUCCAAUUCUAACCACACGCCCUGCAUCAUGAAAGUGGAUUCUCUCACAGGAGCGUUCCUCUUUUCCCUGGAAUCCCAGACAACCAUUGGCUAUGGGGUCCGUUCCAUCACAGAGGAGUGUCCUCAUGCCAUUUGCCUCUUGGUUGCCCAACUGGUCAUCACCACGUUGAUUGAGAUCUUCAUCACAGGGACCUUCUUGGCCAAAAUUGCAAGACCCAAAAAGCGAGCUGAGACCAUCAAGUUCAGCCACUGUGCUGUCAUCAGCAAGCAGAACGGGAAGUUGUGCUUGGUCAUCCAGGUGGCCAACAUGAGGAAAAGUCUCUUGAUCCAGUGCCAGCUCUCGGGAAAACUACUUCAGACACACGUCACCAAAGAGGGAGAGCGCAUCCUCCUCAACCAGGCCACCGUCAAGUUCCACGUGGACUCCUCUUCCGAGAGCCCUUUUCUCAUUCUGCCCAUGACCUUCUACCAUGUGUUGGAUGAGACCAGCCCACUGCGGGACCUCACCCCCCAGAACCUAAAGGAAAAGGAGUUUGAACUGGUUGUGCUUCUCAAUGCCACUGUGGAGUCCACCAGUGCCGUCUGCCAAAGCCGAACGUCUUACAUCCCAGAGGAGAUCUACUGGGGCUUUGAGUUUGUGCCUGUGGUUUCUCUCUCCAAAAAUGGAAAGUAUGUGGCUGAUUUCAGUCAAUUUGAGCAGAUCCGGAAGAGCCCCGAUUGCACCUUCUACUGUGCGGAUUCUGAAAAACAAAAGCUGGAAGAGCAAUAUAGGCAGGAGGAUCAGAGGGAGCGUGAGCUCCGGAGCCUCCUGCUACAGCAGAGCAAUGUCUGA